AAACAGUGCUCGUGCCAAGGACUUUCUGUGCCUGUUUGUUACUGGCUGAUUUAGUUUCAUUUUUGAUUUAAAUUGCAUCUGGAGACGAGGUGUUUCUGCUGGUGCACAGUAGAGGCAGCUGUGAGGGGUGACCCGAGAUGGGCAGCACAGCAGAGGGACGUCAACCCGUGGCCAUGGCACCCGAUGAGUUGGUUUUCUUUGUUAAUGGCAAAAAGGUGGUGGAGAAGAAUGCAGAUCCAGAGACAACACUCUUGGCCUAUCUGAGAAGAAAAUUGGGGUUAAGUGGGACCAAGCUUGGCUGUGGAGAAGGUGGCUGUGGGGCCUGCACGGUGAUGCUGUCCAAGUUUGAUCGGCUCCAGAACAAAAUUGUCCACUUUUCUGCCAAUGCCUGUCUGGCCCCCAUCUGUUCCCUACAUCACAUUGCUGUGACCACUGUGGAAGGAAUAGGAAGCACCAAGACCAGGCUUCAUCCCGUACAGGAGAGAAUAGCCAAAAGUCAUGGCUCCCAGUGUGGCUUCUGCACCCCUGGCAUUGUCAUGAGCAUGUAUACUCUGCUCCGGAACAACCCUGAGCCCACAGUGGAGGAAAUUGAGAACGCUUUCCAAGGGAACCUGUGCCGUUGUACGGGCUACAGACCCAUCAUUCAGGGCUUUAGGACAUUUGCCAGGGAUGGGGGAUGCUGUGGAGGAAAGGGAGAGAAUCCAAACUGCUGCAUGAAUCAAAAGGAAAGUAGCACGUUAAAUCUCUCACCAUCUUUGUUCAAUCCAGAGGAAUUCCUGCCAUUAGAUCCCACCCAGGAGCCUAUCUUCCCACCAGAAUUAAUGAGGCUGAAAGAUGAGCCCCAGAAGCAGCUGUGUUUCCAAGGGGAGCGUGUAAAAUGGAUCCAGACUGCAACCCUGAAGGAACUGUUGGAGCUCAAGGCCCAGCACCCGGAUGCCAAGCUGGUGGUGGGGAACACUGAGAUUGGUAUUGAGAUGAAAUUUAAGAACAAGCUAUUCCCUCUAAUAGUCUGCCCAUCUUGGAUCCCUGAGCUGAAUUUUGUGGAGCGUGGCCUAGAGGGCAUCUCCUUCGGGGCAGCCUGCCCUCUGAAUGAUGUGGAGAAAGCCUUAGUGGCUGCCGUAGCUGAGCUCCCGGCCUACCAGACUGAAGUGUUCAAAGGGGUCUUGGAGCAGCUGCGCUGGUUUGCUGGAAAGCAGGUCAAAUCUGUGGCGUCCAUUGGGGGAAACAUCAUCAAUGCUAGCCCAAUUUCUGACCUCAACCCUGUCUUCAUGGCCAGCGGAGCCAAACUGACUCUGGUAUCCAAAGGGACCAAGAGGACUGUUCGGAUGGACCACAUGUUUUUUCCUGGCUACAGAAAGACACUCCUAAGUCCUGAGGAGAUACUGCUUUCCAUUGAGAUUCCCUACAGCAGGAAGGGGGAAUAUUUCUCAGCCUUCAAACAAGCCUCCAGAAGGGAGGACGACAUUGCUAAAGUGACCUGUGGAAUGAGGGUUUUAUUUGAACCAGAAAGCCACCAGGUCCAGGAGCUGGAUAUCAGUUUUGGAGGCAUGGCCGACAGGACUAUCCCAGCCCUGAAGACCACCAGGAAGCAGCAGGGGAGAUACUGGAAUGAGGAGCUUCUUCAAGAGGUCUGUGCCAGCCUAGCCGAGGAACUGAGCUUGGAGCCAGAUGCCCCCGGUGGGAUGAUUGACUUCCGACGUACGCUCACUCUCAGCUUCUUCUUUAAGUUCUACUUGACGGUGCUUCAGAAACUGAACAAAGAGAGUACAUAUAAAUGUGAUAAACUGGAUCCAACCUAUGUCAGCGCCACUGACCUCUUUCAAAAAGAGGCCCCCGCCAAUGUCCAGCUCUUCCAGGAAGUUCCCAAGGGACAGGAUGAAGAUGACAUGGUGGGCCGGCCCAUACCCCACCUUUCUGCCGCCAUGCAGGCCUCAGGGGAGGCCGUGUACUGUGAUGACAUCCCUGUCUUUUCUAAUGAACUCUACCUUCGACUAGUCACCAGCACCAAGGCUCAUGCCAAAAUCAAGUCCAUAGAUGCUUCAGAAGCUCAGAAAGUCCCUGGGUUUGUUUGUUUCAUCUCAGCUGAUGAUAUUCCCGGGAGUAAUGAAACUGGAAUAUAUAAUGAUGAAACUGUCUUUGCUAAACAUAAGGUCACUUGUGUGGGACACAUCAUUGGGGCUGUGGUCACAGAUACCCCAGAACAUGCACAGAGGGCAGCUCAAGCUGUGAAAAUCACCUAUGAGGAACUUCCAGCCAUUAUCUCAAUUGAGGAUGCAAUAAAAAACAAUUCCUUCUAUGAUUCAGAGCUCAAGAUUGAGAAAGGAGACCUCAAAAAAGGGUUUGCUGAAGCUGAUAAUGUUGUUUCAGGAGAGCUGUAUAUUGGUGGGCAGGAACACUUCUACUUAGAGACUCACUGCACCAUUGCCGUCCCGAAGGGCGAAGCAGGAGAAAUGGAGCUCUUUGUGUCCACCCAGAAUACAAUGAAGACUCAGAGUUUUGUCGCCAAAGUCUUGGGAGUCCCAGCAAAUCGUAUUGCGGUUCGAGUGAAGAGAAUGGGAGGAGGUUUUGGAGGGAAGGAGACGCGGAGCACGGUAGUGUCCACGGCAGUGGCUUUGGCUGCAUACAAGACUGGCUGCCCUGUGCGUUGCAUGCUGGAUCGAGAUGAAGACAUGUUGAUAACUGGUGGGAGACACCCAUUUAUGGCCAGAUAUAAGGUUGGCUUCAUGAAGACGGGGAAGAUUGUGGCCCUUGAAGUUGAACACUACAGCAACGCAGGAAAUACUUUAGACCUCUCUGGGAGUAUCAUGGAACGGGCUUUAUUCCAUAUGGACAACUGCUAUAAGAUCCCCAACAUCCGGGGUACGGGCCGACUCUGCAAGACCAACCUGCCUUCCAACACAGCCUUCAGGGGUUUUGGGGGGCCCCAGGGGAUGUUAAUCGCUGAGUACUGGAUGAGUGAAGUUGCCCUGACCUGUAAUCGUCCAGCAGAGGAAGUUCGAAAGCUCAACAUGUACAAGGAAGGAGACCUGACUCACUUUAACCAGAAGCUGGAGGGGUUCACUUUGCCCAGGUGCUGGGAUGAAUGCCUGGAAAGCUCACAGUACCAUACCAGGAAGAGUGAGAUCGAGAAGUUUAACAAGGAGAAUUGUUGGAAGAAGAGAGGUUUGAGUAUAAUUCCUACCAAAUUUGGAAUCAGCUUCACAGUUCCCUUUCUGAAUCAGGCUGGAGCUCUGAUACAUGUGUACACAGAUGGUUCAGUUCUUCUUACCCAUGGUGGUACUGAGAUGGGCCAAGGCCUUCACACCAAGAUGAUCCAAGUGGCCAGCAAAGCUUUGAAGAUCCCCACUUCCAAGAUUUACAUCAGUGAAACAAGCACCACAACAGUGCCCAACACCUCUCCUACAGCUGCCUCCGUCAGCACUGACAUCAAUGGACAGGCUGUCUAUGAAGCAUGUAAAACCAUCUUACAAAGGCUGGAACCCUUCAAAAAGAAAAAUCCCAAUGGUUCCUGGACAGACUGGGUCAAUGCUGCCUACCUGGCAGCAGUGAGUUUGUCUGCCACAGGAUUUUACAGAACACCCAACCUCGGCUAUAGCUUUGAAACCAAUUCUGGAAAUCCCUUCCACUACUUCUCCUAUGGUGUGGCUUGCUCUGAGGUUGAGAUAGACUGUUUAACAGGUGACCAUAAGAACAUCCGCACAGACAUUGUCAUGGAUGUUGGCUCCAGCCUGAAUCCAGCUAUAGAUAUUGGACAGGUAGAAGGGGCAUUUGUCCAAGGCCUUGGACUCUUUACUCUGGAAGAGCUGCAUUACUCUCCUGAAGGGAGCCUGCUUACUCGAGGACCCAGCACCUACAAGAUCCCUGCCUUUGGCAACAUUCCUAUUGAGUUUAGGGUGUCUCUUCUCCGGGAUUCUCCCAACAAAAAAGCCAUCUAUCACUCUAAGGCUGUUGGAGAGCCCCCCCUCUUCCUGGCCUCCUCCAUCUUCUUUGCCAUCAAGGAUGCUAUCUCUGCAGCCCGUGUUGAGCAUGCAGAUUGUAAGAUGACGGAGCUUUUCCAGCUGGAUAGCCCUGCCACCCCAGAGAAGAUCCGCAAUGCCUGUGUGGACAAGUUCACCACUCUGUGUGUUACAAAAGUGCCAGCAAAUUGCAAGCCAUGGUCUAAGAGAGUCUGAGAAGAAAGUCCACAGAACAAGUUCCGUGUUGAGGAGAAGGUGCCUCCAAGAGAAAUAGAAGACACCUAUCAUGGGACACAAGAUUCUAAAUGUACAACAUAAAAAAAAAUGCCUGGGUCAUCACACCUUUUCUGGAUUAAGGAAACCAAACACUUAGAAAGAUUUUAAUCUACAAUGUGAUUUGCAACAGAUGUGAUGAGAAAAAUCAGAAUUUUAAGGUCUCAGUAGUAAUUGAAUAGUUUACUCCAUAGUAAUCCAUAGCUUCCUUUACACACACACACACACGCCAAAACCUAGCUACAAAUCUAGUGCUAUUGCUUAGAAUAUCAUCAGAGCCAAAAUCAAAAUAUCUCUAGAGAACCUCACAAGCUGGGGUCUGCCUCCUUGGGAUUCUUCCAGCCAAGACUUAAAACCUCCAGAAGCUUAGACCAAAGUUCUUUGGAAUCCAUUUACCUUCCUUUAAGGGAUUCUUGUUAGAGCACCAGAGCUUGAAAUUCUGAGUUGUCCCCUUUGUUUAAGGGUAAUUAAAAAUAGAUGUUCUAAAUUCUUCAAGAGUAAAAAAGACACUCCAGCCUUCUGUUUGCUGAUAAAAAAUAAAAAAAACUUUACGUUGAUUUGACUUCAUUUUGUAUAGCUUACAUGGAUCAAGAAAGGAAGCAUGGUAUAGUUGAUAAAGUGCUAGGCUUGGAGGUAGGAAAACAAUUUUAAAUUCUGCCUAUAUCAUUUACAGGCUGUGGGUCCCUGGCCAGAUCAAUUAAUGUCUGAGUACCUCAGGUAACUCCUUAGGCCUUGUCUACUAAGUUAUAGACGCGUUAGUAGAGAAAAUUCUAACCUAGAAAAUCACAGGUGCUUUGCAUAAAGCAGACUAGACUCAUACCACCCAACUAACCAACCAGCAAAUCUUUAUUGAGUCCCUGUUAGGUCCUAUUAGCUGAAAAGGCAAUGGAGUAGGAGCCCUACAGGGAGGGACUGUAUGUUAUCUGAGGAAUAGUCUGGCUAUGUUCUAAGAGGUUCCUCCUAAGACUGGCCAAAGGGUGAUGCAUUUCUCAGCUAUGGCAUCUCCCAAAAACCUGCCACUAAGUUGUAGAGGGUAUGUGACUUAUUUUGGUAGAGUAACUACACAGAUCUUUUAAUAUCCUCAAAGUAAUCUGAGUAUCAAUGAUGACCUUACUAAUUAGCUGUUAAUUUUCAGCAUGACUCUUCAAAAUAGGAAGUGUUCAGUGGAUUUUGAAGCCUCUGGGUAUAUUUAUUAGUGUUGAGAAAAUUACAAAUUAGCCAUUGUGGUGACCGAGGGCCAAAAGCAAGGUUUAUAGCUCUCAGUUCAAUGGUCAAGAAUGAGAUCUAGGAAGGAUAUCUUGGCCAAGGUUUUCCCAGAAAUGAUGACAGAGGACAAAGUCAUGCCCUGGAUUUUGAACAUGAAACUUUUACUGCCUUGGUUUGCUUAGGCAUAAAGGAAAAAGGAAGUAGCAGGGUUCCUUGUGGAAUAGUGGUCAGUGACAAUAUUGGCUGUAAGAUUUGGUCUUCAUAGUGGGAGUGAGCUCGUGGGUGUAAACUUUGGCCUUCGUGUAAAUGCUUUUAAAAAUAUCACCUUCUAUAUGAAUGUAAGACAUUAUCAUUAUUAUAGAAAUAAUUUCAGGCAGGUUUUUCAAAUGAAUUCAUAUUAGGUCACCCCAAACUGACUUCAUGUAGAAUGUGAGUUCCUUGGGGGCAGAGACUGUUUCACUUUAAUUUUGUGUCCCUAGCUCUUAGCACAGUUCCUGGCACACAGUAUAUACUAUUUUAAUAAAUGCUUCUUGGUUCAUAGGGAACAGGAAGAUUCAACAGGGAAAAGAAAGCUGCAGAAUCCCAUAGUUGGAAGGAACAUCAAAGACCAUACAGUCCAACUUAUACUUGAAUAGGAAUACUCUCUCUACAACAUUCCUAAGUAAUCAUCUAAGUGUUUCCACUCAAGUAUCUUCAGUGAAGGGGAACCUCCCACCUCCCAGAGCAGCCUAUCCCACUUUUGGACGGCAGUAAUUGUAGAAAGUUUUUCUUUACAUUGAGUUUAAACCUGUCUCUAUGAAGCUUUCAUUCAAUGCUUCUAGCUCUGCUCUGGGGAAGUCAAGCAGAAUGCGUCCAGUCCCUCUUCCAUGUUAGGUUCUUAUCUUGCCUUUUGGACUAGCUACUUGCCUAGCUUCAGGCAAUCCACUUCAUCACCUCUCCUUGGACCUCAGUUUUGUCAUCUGUAAGGUGAGGUGGUUGGAGGAUGAGCUCUAAAGUCCUUUUCUGGAUAUAAGAAUUCUGUCAUUCUGUUACUUCCAAAUGCAGCAAUAUCGGAGAUUUGCUACACUUACAGAAAUGGAUCACUUAUUAUUCUGGGUUAAUAGGGUGUGAAGACAUCUCUCUGCUUCAUGUUUCCUAAUAUUCUCCACAUCCAUGGGGCAGAUAAAGAGAGUGAGGGAGGAGAACACAUUCUCAACUCUGGCAGCUGUGAGAUAAAGAAUGCCAUUUCCUCCAACUCCUAGUUUCAAUAAAAGGUUUUUCCCCUCUGACUGGCCAGUCAUUAUUAAGCAUGCUCUCACGCAGCCUGCUUGUGGGGAGAGAAGUUCCUGAGAAGCAGCUUGGUUGAUUAGAAUGUUUAAUGUGAGAAAGAAAUGAAACUGUCAGCUGUUCCACAGGAGUGUCAGAAGGGUCAGACAGACCUACCUCUGGCACAUGAUAACUGCUAAUAAAUAAUCAUACUCACCCUUAAUGAUAGGGAAGGGGCUGAUAGGGCUAUAAUCUGCUUUCUUUUCUGCAACACGGAAAAAAAUGCUUACAGUUUGCACAGCACUAGUAUACAAAUAGAAACGUAACAUAGACCUUGGCUCUUAAGGAGCUCACAUUCUCAUUGUGAAGACAAUACAUAUAGAAGGUUUUAGUUGCAGUCAGAUGGAAAGGUCCUAUUGUCCUUAAGGUGCAGCAGCAAAUCAAUGAUUUUUUUGGUGAUAAAAUCCCAGUACUUCUCAUAAAAUUUUCUUUUUUUAGGGUACUGGAAAGUUUCUGGCUUAUCUACAGUGUGUUUAAGGCUGCAGAUCAUCAAAACUUGUAUUCAAUUUUACCAGGAAAUCCACAUGGAAAAGUUACAGCCUUGGGGGCAAUUUUCUUGAAAGAUUGUAAGUUAAAAUUCUUGACCCCCAAACAAGCAAUGGCUUAGACUUCCCCUUAUUUAUGUUUUAGGAUCAUGACUGAACAGAUCCUUCAUUGUAAGGGUGAAACAAAGAUAGAAAGAAUAUUUUUCCAUUGGAGUUUAAAGGGCGUUUAAAAGGCUAGGGAGUCUGCUUACCCCAGGGAAGGGACAAUGUGAUGUUGCAAUAGGAAAUGAAAAGGACAUGCCUUCAAAAAGGGCUUUUGUUUUGUUUUAUUUUGUUUGCUUAAAUUAAAUUUAAUCAUGCUUUUCAUUAUCAUUUCAAAUAGGCUGGGUAAAUAAGUCCAGAGUGAGGUAUAUAACAUCUUAGCCUCUGAGAUAAUUGCCUAUAAUAGUAAGAUGUAUGAUCUUAUAAGGUUUUGAGGCAGAAAUAUUUCAGAAAUAAACUUCAGUUUGACUUCCCCACUUUUGUGCUCAGA